AUGGACAACCUUACCGGCUUACAACGAACACCCAUGAUCUCGCCUUACGACCAUCCUCUAGACAUCAAGCAUGAUCCGGCAGAGAAGCGCCAUGAAAAGGUGGGUGGAAUGGGUUUUGGGAAUCGAAAAAACAGCGCCGGAACCGCACCACCUUCACCACCUUCCAACUGCAUGAGCUGGAGCAGGCAUUCGAACAAAGCCACUACCCGGAUGUAUACGCUCGUGAACAACUCGCCAAAAAGAGUGAAGUUGCCCGAAGUGCGAGUACAGGUUAGUGACGGUCGGAACGUGAUUUCUUUUUUCUAG